AUGGUGGAGGUCCGGGGCUGUCACUGCCUCGUGGUGACCAGCAGUUGCUGGAACUGUGGAGGAGAUGCCGCUACUCUCCGGGUGUCCAGCACAUGCCAGGGAAUGGACAGCCCUUCCUCGGUGUCGGGAAGCUCACCACCUUCUGGCACCUGGUUUGAAUUUACCCCACACAAAGUUGGAAUUCCUGACCUUGGUGUAUAUGUAGACACCAAAUACUUUGGAAGUGCAUUUGAAAAUGGGCAAAUGGUUGAAGAGAAGGAGGAGAAAAAUAUCUGCUAUCUGCAGGGUAGUUUUCAUCGUUUCCAUAUGUUAUACAAAGCUCUAUUAAAGACCACUGAAUACCUGGAUGAAUGGAGAUGGGGAACCACCAAUAACUUACUGUACAAGUGCUGCGAUGAUGAAGUCUAUAACUUCUCGAGUGAAAAGACACUAUCUCUGAUUGAUGCUGGUGUGGCCAUAAACAUUGCUUACCCACUCAUUUUGCACCCUGGGAGGAAUGUGAAGCUGUUCCUUUCUUUUGACUUUAGCUCUGGGGAUCCUUUUGAGACCAUUGAAAAAACAGCAGACCACUGUGAAAAACAUGGAAUCAAAUUUCCUAAGAUAGGUGGAAUAAAAUCAGAGGACAGAAAGAAGCCAUCAUGCUGCUACAUCUUCAAAGGAGAAGACGCUCCAACCGUCAUGCAUUUCCCACUAUUUAACAAAGACAACUGCGGAGAUAAAGUUGCAGAAUACAGACUGCAGUUUGACACCUCCAGAUUGAAAUAUUCCAAUGAAGAGAUUGAAAAGCUUCUCAUUGCAGCAAAGAAGAACGUAGUGAAUGCUCGGCAAAAGAUGUGGGAGGAGGUUAAACGUGCUGUGGCUCCUUCUUCCGAACCUAUUUAA